AAGGAGGCGCCGGUGGCCGGCCAGCCAUGGUGGCAGCGGCGGUGGCGGCUAGAGGAAGGAGAAUCUAGCUGAUACCAUGUAGGAGAGAAUAAUAGAUGUAUUUCUCCAAACCCUAGAAGAGUGGGUAUAUAUAGUUCUUAUACAUGGGCCUCUAGAUGGGCCUCUAUACAUGGGCUCAGAUAUACACCAACAGGACUAUACAGUAAAAAGAGACAAGUGAGGAAAACAUGCCCUGCGAUCACUAGACUAGAGUACUACCAUGGCAGAGCUACUGUACUAGUGACCGAAAUACAGGGCCAACCGAUACAAGCGAGCUUCCUAGCCCCAACCGAGGAAACUGAUUGAUAUUUUGUUACAGGCUCGAUUUAACUCAUUUAUUUUAUUGUAUAUCUUUUUACAGCUCAUUGUUAGGUCCCAUGAAGGACCAGAUGCAAGGGACCAGCGUAUUGAUAUUUCAGGAAUGAAUAAUGGAUUCACAAUUGAUCAUCAGGUGAAUUCUGGGAAGUUGAUUACUGUUUUCAGUGCACCUGAUUAUCCACAGUUUCAGGCUUCAGAGGAACGGUACAAUAACCUCGGAGCAUAUCUUGUGCUCCGUGCUCCAGAUUUUGCCACACCAAUGUUCUGCAGCUUUGAGUCUGCGCCUGCAUACUACGACUACAAGGAAGUGAUGGACUCCGAUGAAGAACUUGAUUAUUCUGCCAUGGAUCGAGAUUGAAGAUGCAUGCAUCACGUAUUCUACUUUGCAGAAGACCGGUCGUUCUCACCACUGCAGAAGACCGGAGGACUACCCCCUUUGGCCUUUGCAGCAGAAAAUGGGACACUGGUCACCUCGGGACUGUACAGGAUGAUCAAUGCAAGCAGAGACCCAAGUCAGCAGACAAAAAACACUUUCUGGAACUCGAGAGCACCACCCCGGGUCCAAUUCUUCACCUGGUUGCUCCUACAUGGCAGCCUACAAUGCAAAACAAAUCUCUUCCAGAAAAAAUAUCGUUGAUGUUACUUGUGAUCUUUGUACGGGGCACCUGAGACUGUGGAGCAUUUGCUGUUCUUCUGCCC